GUUUGUUUGUUAUUAUCAUUGUUAUCAGAAUUUGAAGAGAGUUUCUUGUGUUAUUUUUGUUCUAAAAGCAUUAUUUAUGUAAUUUUUAGUUGUGACUUGUGAUUCUUAUUUUUUAUUUUGGAGAUUAUGAAAAGAGAAAAUACUACAAAAUUAUGGGUGAUAAAAUUUUGUUUGAAGGUUAUCUAUCCAAAGUACAAUACUUCUACAUUCCUGGUAUUUCUUGCGAUAAAGUACAGGAUUUAUCAUAAGCAGCUAUUAUCUUUGAAGGCCAUGGAUACGUUUGUCGUCAAAGCUGCCCCGUAUCAUGUAGUUCAGCAUGUUGUUAAGCAACAUUUGGAUGAGAAUUUGUCUGUUUUAUUACAUAAAUGUUUGAUAAUAUCCAGGGAGCAAUACAUACAGCUGUGUGCAGAGAACUUAUUCUACAUUGACAAUGGUGUCUUAUGGCUUGCCAUGAAAAUUACUCCUGAUGUUAAAAGAAGGCAGAAACACAGGGAAAACAAUUUGAAAGAAAACGGUUUAUUACGAUUCAACCUUGGAUUUAUGACUUCUGAAAUACAUAAAAAGUUGUGGACGGAUAAUAGGUCCAAGAGUCUGGAUAAUAUUCGAAUAGUUCCUGUAGUGGGAUCAAAAUUAGUACCUGAAAAUAUUGCUUACACAAGUGAGAAUGAAUUAUGUAGUAUUGCAUCUUCGUAUAACUUAGAAGACUCCUGUGAAGUAGUGGUAUCUUUUCACCCUGUACCAUCAAUAGAGAAAUCACCAAAAAUAGCUGCAGCUGCUGAAGUGUGCUUAAUUGUGAAUGAAUAUGACUUAUCCAAUGAUUUUGUUAAGGAAGUAUUGAACAACCACUUUGAUGAACCGAAACUUGUGAGUUUAAAUGACAUAUUUAGCAUAGAAUUGACACCAACAAUUACUGGGAAAUACCAUUUUAAGUAUUUAGACUUAGUUGAAGGUGCUGGGAGAUUGUACUUUAAGUGCAAUAAAGUUACAAGUGAUAUUGAAAGUAAAGAUUCAAAGAUAAAUGAUGAAAAGAUACUGCAGUCAUACUUCAUAGUGCGAGGAGUAACACAGCUGACUUUGGGGGAGAACAUUCAUACAUUGAAGCCUAGAGACGAAUACUUCAAGCCCCAGGAGAGUGAGAGUAAAAACCUGGGAUUUUUGUCUCUCUGUCCCACUGGGCUGAGACACAUGUUUGAGCAGAUGCAAGAGACUAUUGCUCCAUUUUUGACUGGAGACAUAAAUGAGUUGUCUUCUGUCAUGACCAGCCCAAUAAUACCAAUGUUGUUACUGACUGGAUACACAGGUUCUGGCAGACACCUGCUGGUUAAGACAUUGGCCAAGUACAAUGGAAUGAAUUGUUUACAAAUCGACUGCAAUUCAUUGCAAAGCUCAACAGCAAAACAGACUGAAAGCAAAAUAAAUUCCAUGGUACAGAAAGCUAAAGCUGCUGCACCUGUUAUAGUUCUCUUAGAUAAUUUUGAGGUAUUUGCAGUGGACCCAGAAAACAAUGAAGACUGUAGAGUGAUGGAAUACUUUAUGAAUACAAUAACAGACUUGUAUCAAAAUUACACGAAGCAUCCAAUCAUAUUCAUAGCUGUGACAGAAAGAGUAGAUUUGAAGCCAAACAUUCUGAGAAUGUUCUUAGAAAAGUUCCAUAUAUCCAGGGCUAACAUACAGCAAAGACAUGAAAUGCUGCAAUGGUUUGCUUCUGUAAUGCAAUUAAACAUUGACAAUCAAACCACUGACUGUUCUAUGAAUACUUUAGAUCAAAACUUAGACAAUUUAAGCAAAAAUACAAAAGACGUCCUGCAAAGAGUGGCAGCCAAGACUGAAACAUUUUGCUAUGGUGAUUUAGACACCUUAGUACAUUUUGCAAUGCGAGAAUCGUAUCUGAAACAACAUAAUAGUUAUAAUCAGUUGCCUACAGACCCUAAUUUGCAUUUAGUUCAGGAAGAAGACUUCAAUUCGGCUUUAGAGUCCAUAAGAAGUCUUCAAAGUCAACACUUGGAUGCGCCGAAAAUACCAAAAGUAUAUUGGGAAGAUAUUGGAGGUUUGGAACAACUGAAGAAAGAGCUAUUGAAAACGAUAGAAUUUCCUAUAAAGUACCCUCAUUUGUUCAAGAAUUCCAGUUUAAAAAGAUCAGGUAUUCUAUUGUACGGCCCUCCAGGCUGUGGUAAGACCCUGGUAGCCAAGGCGGUGAGCACUGAGCUCAACGUUAGUUUUCUCAGCGUGAAGGGACCCGAGCUGCUCAACAUGUACAUUGGGCAGUCUGAAGAGAACGUCAGAAAAGUGUUCGAGUCAGCCCGAGCGUCAUCCCCUUGCAUAGUGUUUCUGGACGAGUUAGAUGCGCUGGCGCCGAGACGCGGCGCGGCGGGAGACUCGGGCGGCGCCAGCGAUCGCGUAGUCAGCCAGCUGCUGGCAGAGGUCGACGGGGUCGCGGGAGGGGAAGACGCAGACACAUCGAGCUUCGUGUUCAUAAUGGGCGCGACCAACCGCCCCGACCUGCUGGAGCAGUCUCUGCUGCGGCCCGGUCGGCUGGACAAACUGAUCUACGUCGGCCCAUACUGCGGACAGCAGCAGAAAACCAGUGUACUGCGAGCGCUGUGUAGGAGCUACAAGUUGCGGCCGGAAGUGGACUUGGAGCAGGUGUCGGCGGCGCUGCCGGAGCGCGUGACGGGCGCCGACCUGCUGCAGGUGGUGGGCACGGCGCGCGCCGCCGCCGUCCGCGGGCUCGUGGCUCGGCUGCACGCAGGUGCGGUAAAGGAGAGCGAGCUGAGCCCGGAUUCCGUUAUCCUGGGGGUGUCCGAGAUGUAUCGCGGAGUGGAGUCAUUCAAACCUUCUGUCACCGACGAGGAGCUCGCGUACUACGAGUCCUUGCAGACACAAAUAUAAUGUACUUGAAAUACUACUAUAAAGAAAACAUCACGCCUGUAUCCCCGAAGGGGUAGGCGGAGGUAUAUUAUAUAUCCAAUCCUCGCCAGCUAUGUUUAAAUACCAUGUAAUAGGGUGCGAGCCUACUGCCAUUAACCGGGCACAAAUCCUGGAAACCAUGUGAUUCUAUGAUCCCAACCAUGGGUUUCCAUCGCGAACAUUAGGAAAAUUGUUCUAAAAAAAUUCAAUAGAUGUCGCUAAGAGUACCGAUUUGUAAUUAAAGUUUCUGUAAAAGCCAAUAAUAGAUAAUUAGGCACUAGAAAAAUGUUUUAUAAUUGAAAAGUUGUACUCUUACCAAAAGUCAAUCAGUUAAGCGCGCGGUUGUUUUAUGCGAAAAACGCUGCGCUACACGCAAUGCGAUUAACGCACACAUAAUUUUGUAUCAGGUAAUAACUGCGCUUGCCGCUGCGUCAACCGCGUAUAACAAUGAUUUGUAAUUAUAUUACCUGAUUUGAAAUGACUUUUUACUUUUUUGACUUAUUGUAGAUUUGCCGCAGAUGGCAUUAACUACUUGGCCGGAGCAUAAAACAACCGCGCGCUUAAAUAUUAUACGAUCUGUGUCCCAACAUAAAUUUAAGCUCAUGAAGUCAAUUUGAGUGGUUUAGAGCCCGUGUCGCGAUUCGAACCCGUGACACUACGAUGUGAUGUGAUAAGUAACGCGUUCUCCGCUGGACUAUCAAGGAUUUACAAUUUACAACAGAUUUCAGAUAAAAAUGGAAAAACAAACUUGACAUAUGUAUAGAAACGAAGACAUGAAAAGGUGUUGAAAUUGUGCUAUGUUUUAUACAUUAAUAAGGUGAUAGCUAGUCCUGUUUAUUACUGUUAGUGUUACUUAUAAGGAAUAAAUGUUAUGGUUACCGUA